AUGAAUCGUGCAAGAAAACUGGUUGAAAUGGUUGUCCCUGACUUUGAUAAAGUUACAACCUUAAAGGAAAUAUGUGAGGAAGAUUUAAAGCUUUUAGAAUCAGUUAAUAGCAUUAAUGAGCAUGAGCACUGGGCUGUUGAUGAAAAUGGAAAGGAAGUUGACCUAAAUGUAUAUUAUGAUAAUCCUAUGCCAAUAACCACCAUAAAUAAUUUUAACAAUUUUGAUAAUUAUGAUUUUAUUAUUACUGAUAAUAUUAAUACUUAUGACAAUAUUGAUGAUGACACUGAACAAAAUGGUAAUGUAGAUGAUCCAAUAAAUGAAAUUAUUAGUAAUGUGGACUGUGAUGUUCUUAGUGAAUGUAUGUCUGAAAAUUCUAUAAAAAUUGGUAGAACAAAUAAGGAAAAAGCUUCUAUAAAAAGAGUUGCAGGAGACCCAUAUAUGGGUUCAAAAGUUAAUAAUGGUAAAUGCACACAGUCUUGUCCAAAGCCUGGAAGAUUUUUGAAAGAUUGUUGUGCUCAUAAUCACAAAAAAAAUAAAUUAGGAUCCAAAGGUUUUUUUUGUGGAAUGUUCACCGAAGUAGAUCGAAAAAUAAUUUUUAGAAAAUUUUGGAAGCUUGGAUCUUGGAAAGAAAAAAAAGCGUACAUAAAUGGUUUAGUUGUAACUAGAACUGUAGUUCGUAGAAGGAAAUCAACUAAAAUUAACAAAGAUACCACAGCAAAGAAAAAUUAUGCACGAGAUAUUUAUUUAUCUUUAAGUGAUGGUCAGAAAUACAAGGUAUGUCGUACAUUUUUCUUGAACACACUGUGCAUUGGUGAAGAUACAUUUAAAAGAUGGACCAAACAUGAUAUUGAGACAACCUCUAAGAGUUCUGAAACUAUAAUGGACAAUAAUAAUAGUAUUUUGAUGUGUGAAUCUACUUCUACUCAGAAAAUAUCUCCCAGAAAAAAUAAAAAAAUUCAAGAUACAGAAUUAGUUGUAACAUGGUUAAAUAUGUUACCUAAGGUACCGAGUCACUAUUGUAGAAAAUCUUCAAACAGAAUUUAUGUUGAGUCCACAUUUUUAUCUGUAUCUGAAAUGUUUAAGGAAUUUUCUAGAUGGGUCAAAGAAGAGUUGUCAAAAGAAGUACCUCGAGAUACACUUUUUCGCAGAGUAUUAAAAAAUGAAAAUAUAUACAUACACAAACCAAGAAAGGACCAGUGUGAUAUUUGUACCGGACAUAAAACAAAAAUUGAUGCAGUUGAUGAAAUUACUUACCAAAAUCAUAUACAAAGAAAAGAUAACGCCAGAACAGAGAAAAAUAAAAAAAAGGUUGAGGCAUCUGAUAAAAACAUUGUUGUAACUAUGGACUUGGAAAGCGUUUUAUUGUGCCCCAAUACACUAGCAUCAUCAAUGUUUUACAAGCAAAAGCUUCAGGUCCAUAAUUUUACAAUAUACAACCUGGGUGAUAAGUCAGUUACAUUAUAUGUGUGGCAUGAAGCCAAUGGAGGAGUAACUGCAAAUGAAUUCAUAUCAUGUAUUGUGGAUUUUAUAAUGAAUUUAAAUCAAAAUGCAGAACGAGUUACCCUUAUAUCUGAUGGGUGUAACUAUCAAAACCGAAAUAAAAGCUUAGCCAGUGCUUUAAGAUUGUUGUCAAAAGAAAAAAAUGUUGAUAUUGAGCAAUUAUUUUUGUGUAAAGGUCACACGAUGAUGGAGGUAGAUAGCGCAUUCAACUUUGGAACAUUAUUUUAA